AGAGUUUUCUUCGGUUUCCUCGUUUAUCGUUCGUGUCGUUCGUUUGUCGUGCAAUUUCUCUAAAAAUUUUCAUUUUCUCGUCUUGUAUGCAGAAAAAUAUAAAAUUUUAGCAUUAAAAGUAUAAUAAAAUAAUAGAAAUAUACAUAAAUAUAAGGUGGACACAAUGUGCUAUAUGUGUGUAUAAAAAUUGAGUGUUUUGCGCAAUUAUUUUACUUCGAAAAUUGCAUGUGAAAAAAUCGAAGUAUAUUUCGGUCGUUGCCGCAGCAGUUGGUUAAGAAGAACGAAAAGGAAGAGAAGCAAGGAACAGUGAAGAAAAAAGUUCAUACAGUGGUAAAAAAAAUAUAAAAAGAAAUGUGCAUAACUGCCGAUGAAAAAUACUAAGAUUUACUUUGAAAAUUAAAAAUAAAAUAUAACUGCAAUUAACCGGUGACAUUAACUGCUGUGUUUUGUGAAUACGAGAUUAAUAUAAUCGAAGUGAUCACUCUUACAUUCUCUAAUAAGAAUUGCAUGCUAGCAUGAGCUAUAACCAGAAACCACCUGGUCCGGGCGGCAGCGGCAUGGGAGGAGGUAUUCCGCCGAAUGGACCGAACAAUCAGCAGGUAGCAAAGACUUUGGCAGGCAUACAACAACAAAUGCAGAAUCUUGUACACGGACAGAAUGCUUUACCCCAAUCCUCGCAGGCAGAGCUUAAUGUAUUCUUUCAGCAACAGCGUUUUCAAAAUAUGUUGAAGCAACAACAAUUAUUGCAUUUUCAAAUGCAACAACAGCAACACCAACAACAACAGCAACAGCAGCAACAACAACAGAAGGAUCGUGGCGGUGGUAGCGUGGGCAUUGGUAGUGGUGGUGGAGGUGGCGGCGUUGGCGGAGAACCGUUGGCGCUUACACGCACGCCAGCAGCGGCUGAGUUGUUAAAUAAAACCUUCCAACAACAUCAGCAACAACAGCCGAAUGGCGGUGCUGCUGCACCCAACGCGGCCUUGAAUCAAUUUCAACAGCAAUUGCAAGCCUUACCACCAAAUCUGAUACAACAAUUGCAAAAUUUGUCAUAUCAAAUGCAACAGCACCAGCAACAACAACAUCAACAUCAACAGCAUCAGCAUCAGCAUCAACAACACCAACAGCAACAGCAUCCAGGUCAGGCGGCCCAGGCCCAACAUCAUCCCACACAUCAGCAGCCGCCACCACCACCACCAACACAGCAACAACAACAACAGCAACCACAACCUUUGUUGACGGCACAUCAACAACAGCAAUUGCAUGGGCAAAUACAGCAACAACAACAGAAGGCACUUCAACAAUUCCAACAAAGUUUACGUUAUUUUCCUACAGCAGCUCCAACACAACCAUCGGUCGUACCCCAAACAACUGCAGGUGGUAAUAAAGGAGGUAGUGCAGUUGCCCCAUUAACGCAGCAGCCACCAAUUCAAACCCCACCACCACAACCACCGUCCUCUACUUUGAUUGGCAAUCAAUUAAAAGCACCUAAUUUGCCGCCAAGCACUCAAAUCACACCAGUGACUGGUAAUGUGGGCAUGAUUCCAGGCAGUAUAGCGCAACAGGCUGGCAAGACCAAUGUAAGCAGUACAUCGGUAACCACACCAACUUCGGCAGCUAUGUCUAGCGCCGCUGGUGGCGGUAAUACUGCCAUUGCCGGGGCUAAACAAGCACCAACGCCCUCUAUUUCCCUCUUACCGGCCAAGUCUGGCACAUCAACCGCAGCACCAGCUGCCGCACAUCAACAAAGCAAGUUCGGUGCUGGUAAAACAUCGCCGGUCGUCAGCGCCAUACCACCACCAUUCCCAACGCAUUUUCAAAAGCCGUCGGCAAUCGCAUCUAGCGGCAAUACCGCAACCACUACUAAUAUUACGUCAACAGCCAAGACUGGGGCAGUGCCUACAGGAGCAGCAGCGAUGACAUCCGGUGCUUCAAAUGCGGUUGGAUUGAAUAAGUCACCUCAGCAAUUCGCCAACCCAGUACCGCUUACAAAACAAGCAUCAGCUUCACAACCACAGUCACCAGCUGCGCCAGUAAGCGCGGUCGCUACCAUUGCUGCUGCUGCUGUUUCCGCAACAUUGACUACAGCCGUAGUCGCAACUACAGCAAAUACUGGCGCAAUCGCUACUGACACUGCAGAUCAAAACAAAGAAACUCAGAAGGCUACAAAUUCAAUAUCAGAUUCCCUUGACUCUGCUGGUGCUAAUAACAUCAUAGAGCCACCGGCAGAUAAACAUGGUAAAGCAGAGACAAAGGAGGAAGUUAAAAGCGCUGCAGCUACUAGUGAUGCUACUUGCAAAGCGAAAGAGGAGCCGAAUGUAUCCACAGCCGCGGUAAAGCCAACUCUGGCGGAGGGGAUAACAGAAAAGAAUGACGAUCUUGCUGCAUCCAAAGAUACAAAUAUGGACGCGGCUACUAAAGUCAAGAAGCCAGCAGAUGGGAGAGACAGCGUGCCUGAGAAGUCAAGUACUACUGGUGAGAACUCAACUACGACGGCUGGUGGUGCUGAUAGGAUUGAUAUUGUAAAACCAAGUGAUGUCGAUGUAGAGCAAAAGAAGCUGCAUGAUGGAAAAGAAAGAGACGCAAUCUCUAAUACAGAGUCGAAAGCAGAUUUGGUCACUAAAACUGACGAACAAAAUAAGAAUGUGCAAAAGUUGGAAUCUGCUACUGUACCAACUAUAAAUGAUGAGAACAAAAGUACGGCUGAUGAAUCACAUGACCCAAAGUCUGAAAAGAAUCCAGACAAAAACAUUAAAUCGCCAACAACUGUCACUGAAAAAGAAGGUGAAAAGAAUGAUAAAACUAAAGUCAAGGAUAAACCGAUAGACGCUGAGAAAAUUGAUAUCACUGAAACGAAACCUGCAGACGAAUUAACCAAGAACUCUUCCGAAUCGGCAGCAAAUAAACCGCUAAGCACAGACGAAAAAGAAGUUUUGAAAACAGCAAAUGAUUCAAAAACUGUUGUAUCUACUCCAAUUGCCACUGAAGCAAAACCGAAAGCUUCAGCAACCAUAGCAGAUGAAGUUAAACCUGCAGCAAAGGUUGCUGAAAAGCCAAAAGAGGAAAAAAAGAACACAAAGUCGGAAAAGGCAUCUGCUACUACUGUCUCCUUAUCGUCAACCGACCAUGCAACACACUCCAGUUCUGGCAAUAGCGGUAACACCAAUCAUACGAUUACAAAGAGCACAAAAUCAAAAGUAGAGACAGCACCAGAUUCUACAAAUAGUUCGGUAUCAGACGCGGUUGUGGCUACACCUGUUAAACGUUCAAGUCGUCAACCGAAAACUGUUCCAAAAUCUACAGAAAAGCCAACAACUGAAAAGAGUGAAAAGGUUACGAGCAGCAGCCGUUCCUCACGCAAAUCAAAAAGUGGUGUGAGCAGCAGUAAUAGUAGCACAGUCGCUGAAGUACCCGCUUCGCCGUUGACACCCAAGCCGAGCAGCGAACAAGGACCCAGCACUAGUGCUAGCGAUCGUAAAAGCUCGCGCCAUCGACUCAAAACUAUACCAUUUCAAAGUCCACUACCCGAAUUGGCAUACAUCACAAAGUUAUCGGCUAGCGAAGCCUCCAACUCCCCAAAACCCAUGUCGAUUGAAGAUAAGUUGAUUGUAUUCUACAAAAAUGAAUAUAUGGCAGUGCGCAAUGCCGAGGGUACGUUCUACUUAUGUCAAACGAUGCAAAAUGUUUAUCGCACAUCGCCUCGAAUCAGUAUUCGUUGGCUCUCGGAGGAUCCUAACAGCAGUGGCAUUUAUAUACCUGACUUUUAUGAUCACACCGAUAUAGAGUGUGUAUUGACGACCGUCGAAUUAAAACGUGUCGACAAAGGUCAUCUGAGUUUACCGAAGAAGGAACAAGCGCGCAUUGAAAGUAUACUUAAGAAAGCUAUCGACGUAGAGAAAGGUUUGGUGCCCAGACCUGAACUUACAGAGGAGAAUCCGGAUGGAUUGGAUAUAUCAUUGUACAAAGAUGAAUCUCAGAUUGAAAAAAAAUUGGCAAUGAGUGCAACACCUACUGCUGCACGCAAGUCACGUCGUAGCGGUAAUGAAAUUGGCACACCAACAACUGGUAGAUCUAGCGCUGGUGCAUCAUCAGCAAAUACAGCAUCCAAAGCACGCAAACGUGGCCGUGGAAGGACUAUUGGUACAUCUGAUGGUGAUAAUGGUGUCAAACUUUCGGCAAAGAAAAGAAAAAUCGUUGCUAAACGUAAAAUAAAAUCGAAGAAAAAUACAACUACCGAUGAAGAAAGCAGCGAUGAUUCCGAUGCGGAAUAUAAGCCAAAUCAAAAGAAUGCAAAUGCUGCAUCAAAGUCCUCACCUCGAGCUCAACGUUCACCUUUGGCAAAAGCUAGAGCAGCUUCACCAAUUAGCUCGACAACAGCGCGAACAAAAAACGUGACUGCAAAGCCAAUUUCAACAGCCAGUAGCCGCGGCGAACGAGCAAAUAAACGCAAGGCAGCAGCAGAUGGUGCUUUUGCGGAAAUUACACCUACACCGGCAAAGAAAGCUGCUGGUGCAACAUCAGCGUCUGCUGUUGUCGCCACAGCAUCAACACCAAAUGCCUCAAAAUCAAGCAAUACAACAAAAAGUAAAACUCAAGAUGGUGAGUCGAACGGUAGUGCGUCUGCGGCCAAAAAAGCCAUCACAACGGGGGAUGCAACAAAUAUGGUGACUAGCACGACAAACGUUGCCAACAAUACAACAUCAGAUAGUAACAACACAGGCGCUUCCAGCACCUCAAGCAGCAGCGGUGGUGCUAGUAACGGUAGCAAUCGACCUACUAGAAGUCGAAAGUAAAAACCGUAAUUUAGUUAAGCAGUUAAAAUAUGUAAAUUAUGAAUAGUAGGAUGUAGUGUUUAUGCAAUUAACGAUUGCAAACCAAAUUCAAUAGGUACGGAAAACAAUAACAUACUUAGAUAUAAAGAUUAGUAAUAUGGAUUGUAGAUUGGCGGCUAAACAAGGACAAAGUUAUGGCCAAGUAAAAUGUGAAUUUCGUUUUAAAGUUAUGACGACAAAAAAAGCGAAAAUUCAUUUAAGUGAUGCGUAGCUAGCCUGUAACCCUACUGAUCAUCUGACCAUAAUGCAAAAGUAGUAAAAUCGUGCGACAUUAAUAAGAAAAAAUUAAAAACAUUAUAUUUAGAGUGUAUGUGUUGUCGAAAAAUAGCAAUAGAAGUUAUAAAGCAUCUGGGUGAAAAAGCCACAUGACGUAACGAAUACACAAUGCGUAGUACUGAGAAUGUUAUUUUGCAAUUAUAAAAUUUUCAUUUUCUUCCAAAAUCAUAACAGCUGUGCUUCGUGUUAAUUUUUUUUACAAAAAUUAAAGAUUGAAAUAAUUACAGUGCGAACAAAAUUAAAAGAAAAAAUUUCCGUUAAUAUUGCUAUAAAUUAUACUUUUUUUUACUAUGAUUAUUACAUUGUAUUCCCUAUAAUUUAUAGGGUUUAUAUAUAUAUAUAUUUUUUUUUUUUUUUUUUUGUAAUUAAUGGUUUAUUGGUUACUUUUUGUUUAGGUACAUAAGAUAAUAUACUUAAGUUUUUACUUUUGUAUGAAGAGUUAAGAUAAUGUUUUGGUGAACAAAAAAAAAAAGCAAACAACUUCGCGAACAAAAUGAACGUAACUGUAAACAAGAGAGAAAGAGAGAGAGUGCAGGGUAUGUUUUUAACACUUGGUAACUUUCAAAUAGAGUUGGUUUGCUUCUAAUAUCCAUUUAAUUCUCAGCAAUAAUAUACAUAUUAUUUAAGUAAAUAUUGAGCUUAUCAAGUGGAAUAAAGUUCUGAUAUUUAUUAGUUGUAAAUAUAGAAAAACAAAUGAAACAUUAAUUGCAGAUAUUACAUUUUUUCUAGCCAAAGCCGGACAAAUAUGGGCAUAAUUCACAUAAAUUUUUUUAUGAAUUGCAAAAUAAGCAUUCAUACGGUAACAAAGAGUCUUUCUUCUUCAUUUUAUAGCCAAAAGAAAAAGAUAACAAAGAAGAACAUAUGGAAUAAAAAAAAAUUAAAUAACACCAUAUAUGUAUAAAAAAGAGAACUCAAAGGUGCAUAUAGUAGUUGCAUUAGGUGUAAUCGAGCGAAAAAUGAAGAGGAGUGUUUAUGAAGGCAAUAAUAAAGCAGCGUUUAAAUAUCAAAAAAAUAUUAAACAUAUUAAUGCAGGGAUGAAAAUCAAUAGAUAUUUGUGUAUAUUAAAUGUACUCAUUCCCAAUAAGAUAAAAAUAUAAUAAUAUAAAAAAAAAAA